AAAUGGAAUAACCUUUGUUUUCGAAGUAUAUUUAUUUAUAUCAGUGAUAUGUAAACUUUGUUUUGCACCAAAUAUAUUAAAUUUAAUUAUUUCCCUUGAUAUAUUUCUACAAUGUUUAAGCGACCGUGUCCCGGCGAUGAUGAAGAUGAUAUUCUUAAAAUGCAGGAAGAGUUCUUUAGGGAAAAAAGUAAAAAUCAAAACAUGCAACCAGCAGCUCAAGUUACUAAUCUUCGACGUACAGAACUGAAAAGAGUCACCACCAGUGAAACAGGUGCGCGAAAACAGUCCAAAUACGCAGAAUCUAAAGGUCUGAAUUACAAAAGAAGCAAUGUAGAAAGUGGAAGUGCCUUACUUGGUGAUGUCUUGGAGAAGAAUACGAAGGAAUCAGAGCACAACGAUGAUGAUGACAAGGUUUAUUUCCCAAAAAUUCAACCGUCGGUGCUUGGAGAUAUUGUGGAAAAAAAUGUUGAUGAAUCUAUUGAUUUUGUUUUCAAUCCAAUGCCAGCACAUGGCUUCCCUGCUGUUAUGAAACGAACUGAUCAUACUACAGAACGUAAAGAUAAGACUAAAGGAAUAAAAGUAAGUGAAAAUUCAAAUAUGGAAAUUGAUGAAUUAUGUACUACUUCGGCAAGCAAUCAAACAACAAAUUUAGUAAAGAAUUUCCCAACAAGAAGUUACAUAUUAUCUUCAAGUGAUGCCAACAAUAUACAUGAUGAAAAUUUAAAAACUCUCACCACAUUAUCUGAAAAGGAGAUAUUGGAAGAACAACAAAAACUGUUAUCUAGUUUAGAUCCUAAAUUAAUACAGUUUUUAAAAUCUAAACGGGAACAUGCUCUAAACAAUACGAAGGACAAUAAACAAAUUGCAUAUAGUCCACCAGUCCAUAAUAUAGUAAAUGAUGACAAUAUGGAUACAAGUGAAUCAUUUAAUGACUCAGAGGUAGAUAACACUGAUGCACAUUGGGAAAAUGAUGUACUGUCACAUCCUGAUGUGAAUACAUGGUUACAUUUUGAUUCUCUGGAGAAGGAUAAAUUGGAAUGGAUAAAAGGGAUUGUUGAAAGUAGAAAGAUAAAACCUGACGAGCCGUACGAAGCUAGAUUUGACUUCAAGGGUUAUUUGUUACCAUACACAAUGGAGUACACAGAAAAAACAAAAACCCUCUUUCAUCACGGAGAGGAGCCACACCGUCCUGGGUAUACCUUGCUGGAGCUUUUUGAGCUAUCUCGAUCUGCUGUAACACAACAAAGGGUUAUGGCUUUAAACACAAUUGCGGGUGUUCUUGAAUACUACAUGGCUGGGACUUACAAAGAUAUAAUAGACAUACCACUUACUAAAAUAUUCUUCAUCUUAAGAUUUGCAAUUGAUGAAAACAAAACCAUAAUUUUAGAACCUGCCUUAAAAGGAAUGAGGAAUCUGCUUUAUAAUAGAAUUGAUGAGGCAAGCCUUGAUGCAUUAUUAGGGUUUGAAGAAGGCACUCGACAGCCAUGUUUGGAGAAUGAUAAAUCAGAAAUUGAAGAACUAGAAUCAAAAGAAUCUGAGCUCAAUGAUUUUCAUUUGGCAGAAAUUGACUUAAUUGCUGCUGCUGUGAGAAGUGAUAUAAUUCAGAGAUUGUUUUAUAUAUUAGAUACAAUUAGGCCUAGUUUUAACUGUGUUCAAUACUGCUUACAAAUUUUCAUAAGAUUGAUUAGAGACUCUGAUGAAAUUGCUAUGAAGAUUGUUCAAACUGAACAUCUAAUGAGUAUGAUAAUCCAAAAUUUUAUUCCAGCAUCCAGUCUUAGCUUUGCAUUUGUGCCACAAAUUGUUUACAAAGGAAAACCAAUCUUGGCUGCCUUAAAAUUUUUGAGAAUCCUCUCAUUACAAUCUAGGGAUGUAGGUGAAGUUUUAGUGAACAAAUAUGGAAUCAUUAGGCCACUUUUUGAAUAUAUUAGCUCAGGAGUUGAUGGUACAUAUGGAUUACGUAUUCAAAUCGAGGCAUACUGUAUAGUAUCUAAUUUGUUGCAAUUUAAUCUUGCUAUUGAAGAUGCCAUGUCAUUGUCUCCUAUAAUUGUAACUUCAUUAUAUAAACAUGUGAAAGGGAGUGAUGUAUUUAUUAAAGCUUCAGUUGUGUCAGCUACGCAUGCAGCAGUGGUAAUCCAACUGGUAAAUAAUCUUUUAAAUUGUAACUCAGUUUAUUUGGAAAAUUUCAAGCAUCAAGUUUAUCCUUUGCUCAAAGAAGGGGUACAGAAAUGGUUUGCACAGUUAUCAUGUUCUGAUGCGUACACAUGUGGACAUUUACGGCUUCUUAGUUCAGCUCUAGAUUGCUGCGUAACUAUUUUGUUACAUGAAAGAGUUCCAUUAAAAUUCCUUAGUGAUGCUCUAAAAGAAUUUAUCAUAUCAAAGGGAUUCAAGGAGAUUCUAAAAAAUGUUGUCCCAUGUUCAAAUUUAUUAUCUGGCAUAGAAAACAAAGAUUUACAUUUCAUUAAGAAUUUGAGAACCCUUGGUACAUCAGUCAUAGAUUCUGCUCAAAAAGUAUUGCCCGUUUUGAAUGUUGUAUCACCAAUACCGUUUUUGGUCGCGUUGCUUAAUGUAUUACGUGUGAUGGAAGAUAAAGAACUCUCUACAAAUAUAGUUAAACAGUUUCAUAUUUAUUUAAAGAAUGUAGAAAGUAAAGCUCCUAGUCUUUGUGAUAAUUGGUUUACUAGAAUGGAAGUAUAUUUUCUUUUUAGUGUUAUAAAAAUAGCAGUUCUUAAUGAUAUUGAUAUGAAUGACGACAUUCUUUAUGCAGUAUCAAAUAAACUGUGCUAUAUCUUGAGGAUAGACAAAAAAUAUGAAUUAGAAUUUCUUUUUAAUGCUGUCGUAUUCAACAAAAAAUGGUUUGCAGCGGAAAGGUUAUUCAAUCUAAUGUCAUUAUCAAAUACAGAUAGUUGUACAAAAGUUUUACCAUCUAUAAUAAAUAUAAAAAGAUGUUACAGAAAAGUAAUUAAUUUCAAUUAUAGAGCUAUUGGCCCUAGUAUUGUACUGCGAAAGUGGCAAGAGCCAAUACUCCCAAGAGACUGGAUUUAUUUACCAAUACUGAUGUUAUACAGCAGAAGUCAAGAAGCAGACUUAAAAAUGAAAACGGAACCUACAGAACUGCAUCCAUAUGGUAAAGCAGUGUCACAAGAACUAGACGAGAAAGAUUCAAUGAUAGCAUGUAGCUUGGGAUGGAUCUUGCUAAACGAACAGUGCUAUUCAGACCUUUUGAACGAUAUCGACUUAACAGACAGAUUUUGCCGCAUUAUGUGUGUUUUCCUUUGUGAUAAUUCUCUAUUUCUAAAUGCGGAUAUAAAAGACUUGCUGCAUAAGUGUACGCAGGUGUUAUUCAAGAAAAAUGAAGGAUUUAACUUUGAUAAGGAACUAACGGGGUUGAAUAAUUUCCAAGAUUUCUAUACCCAGUUUUUGGAGCAGUUCCAGUCAGUUAGUUAUGGGGAUGCCACUUUUGCUGCAUGUGUUUUGGUGCCAAUAGCUCAAAAACAUAACGUGAAAUGGCGUAAACUUUUAUGGUCGGAAUACGCUGGGUGCCUAAGAGCACUUGACUGCCCUGAAGAUUCGUUAUGUUACGAAAUGAAGGAUUACCUAUACCCAGAAGAAACUGAUGAAUCUUUACUGAAGUCGUACGGUCAGGCAUUGUCUACAAAUUUAUUACGGCCUGACACUGUAGCGUAUAGAAUAGCUAGACACCAUUUUGAAAGCUUUAAGAAUCGUAAUAAUGUAAGGAAUGAUGAAUAACAGCAGUGUAUGUGAAAUAAAGAUUUUUUAAA